AUUGCGUUUCUCGAUUUCCAAACACGUGUUCUCAAAUACAGUUUAUUAUUUACAAGAAAAUCAGCAGCUAACUACAAAAGGCAUUUUUAAAAGCCACGUUUGUAUUGUCUUUCUCUCUGUUCUCACUUUUGUAUUGUUCUCUCUCGCUCUCUCUCCUCUCCUCUCUUAGUAGUGUGUUUGUCCUUGUGCACUUUUGUUUGUUGUGCAUCAUGUCAGAUCCUAACCGGCUCUUGGAGGAGGUCAACAGUCUUGUCAGCCAGGCAGAAGACAUGGAUGCACUCCAAAGGCUGCAUGAGAUCGUCAACAAGCAACAGGAGGCAGCAUCAGCAAUCCAGCCAUCCACCAGCCAGCCAUUUGUGAAGUGGAUUAAGAGGGAUAGCGAAGGGAACAUUAUUUAUGGGAGGCCAAGAUCCUCCAGAAAACAAGCAGGUGUUGGCCACAGACAAACUGGAAAGACUGGUGGUUCCCUUCUCAGGGCUCCGGAAACCAGUGUGGAAAUGACCUGUGACUUUUCUCAUGUAAACGCUGAGUCUUUCCUUCAAGAGCUAAGUUGCUCACUGGGUGAAGACUUAGAUGACAACGAAACACCACCACAGGCCUCCAGUGAUUGGUCAUUAAGAAAAAGUCUUGUUUCUGAGUGGUGGGCGAAAGUGAGGCCCCGGUUGGUGGACAACAUGGUGGCUAAGCAGCAUGUGGCCAGUCCAGUCUGCCAGAAAUGUGACUCCAGUCCAGCUAUGAUCCACUGUUGUGUCUGUCGACCACACGCCUUUCUCUGUGCCCGUUGUGACAUCAACAUCCACAAGGCUCAAGUCUUCCACAACAGGGACUCAAUUAGAGAAGGCUUCUUUCAGCCGUUGCCACCAACAUCAUGUUUUGUGGAGAAGGUUCUUACCCAGUGUGUGCGUCUUGUACCCUUGGAGAUGCCAGGGACAAUAUGUAGCUGUUCUCAGAGAUUAAAUGUCAUCACUGGAAAACCUAUUGCUGUGGUUACAAUGAAUGGCCGAUAUGAUCUCAACUUGCCAGAGUUGAAAUGUGAGGUAUGCGAAGCCACAUGGCAUGCUGGAGUGGAUGAGCUGGUCCAUAAUGACUACUGGCCUGCUACUUCACAAUUUUCUACAGUAUAUGCUACAGACAUCCUAUUUUCCUUUGAGGAGUUGAAGAUGGCAGCACCUGGGAUGUCCAGCCUAGCAUUUCUUAGAAUGCUAGAUAAACGAACUGUCCGCUUUGGCCGUACUGGAAAGAUCAUAGCAGACAGCUUCAGAAAAAGCUUUUUGGAGUGGGAGGCAGUCCGAUUUGAAGUGGACAAACUCAUCCAGGAAGACCACUUUAACUGCCCAGCAUGCACCCCACACAUGCUUGCGGUCUCUGUUGAUGGAAACCGUAAGCACUAUAGAUUCAAGAGUGCAGCAAGAUCAGAGGAACAAGCCAUCUUCGAUGGUGUAUUCAUAGCCAAGGACGAUGAUGUAGCAAGAUUCGUAGACUAUGUCCAUUCCUCAACCAGACAUGCCUCUGGCAGAGGUGUCUGUGGGGGACAGUGGUCAGCAGCACGAGAAACGUCACAGAAGUCCUCCAGCAAAAUAGAUGAGGAGGGCCUAGAACUUGCAGUUUGCCGGCAUGGUGUUCUUCUUUGUGCCCUUAAUAUGUUCAGGGGGGAGGUUUUUGGUUACCCCCUGUACCUCCAGAAAAAAAUGGCUUGUAAGCCGGUGAAAUUCUUUGCUAUGGAUGUUGCGUGCAAGUACUGGCCUUACCUCCAGAGAGUGAAUGAGAGAUGCCCUGAGCUUCAAGAUCUGCUCUCCAUAAAGCCAUUUCUAUCAGUGUUUCAUGCCAAAGCCCACGACUUCAAAUGUGAGGUAAAAUGGAGUGGGGCAUACCAGGAGGGGGCUGGUUUGACUCUUGGGGAGGAGGUGGAGCAAUGCAAUGCCUUCCUCUCGAGAAUUGCUGCUACCACAAAGCACAUGUCAAAAGCAGGACGCACAGACAUGCUCACAGUCAUGGCCAUGCGCUGGAAUCAGCAAAAGUUUAACAACUUGGCUUCAACACUUGCCUGCUGAUAUCAAAAGGCCACAAUAGCUCUGCAAAGACAGUUGCAUAACUUGGAGGCCAUGAAAACUGAAAUGGCAGUUACAGAUGAUCAACUGGAGGGCUGGAUCACUGAUGUCAAUGAGUGGGCAGAAGCAACAACAUCCCCAAAUGAUGCUGAUGUUGCUGUUGUGGCCAGACGAAUUGAGGAGCUGGUCACCAGUAUUAAAAGGAGGUCCCAACGUCUUUAUAAAGACAAUGAUGGCUGCAAAGGUCGUGCCCGGAUACGCCAAAAGAUCAGGGAGGAAAAGAAAUGUUUAAAUUCUGUGGUGGAUCAAUAUAAUACCAUGGUCCCUAAUGCAGAAAACCUGGACUUGGACACCAUUCUUUCAGACGACACCCUUUGGCCAUGGCAGCUUCCACAUGGUGACUCUGUAGAUCUAAGGACAAAGAGAAAGGCAUUUGACACAGUGAUGGCAGUAAGGAGACUUGAGGAGGAGAAGAGGAUUCUCAUUGCUGAGAUGAAAAAACACUGGAAAUUUCUUUGCACCCGUGCAGACACUCUAAAGGAGAUGUCAUCCCAGCUUUGCAGUGGGACAUCAAGUGAGAUGUGGGGCCUGAGUAAAGAGGGAAUCCAAGGUCUGCAGAGCUUAAUGAUGAAGAGCACACAAGCCAUCAACAAAAUACUGAAGCACACAAAGAACUGUUAUAUUCAAGUUCUGACUGGAACAGAAGUGAACUUUGAAAGUGAUUCGGAUGAAUACCAUAGUGACUCUGAACUUUCAGAAGAUUAAACCGAGGAUGUAAGAUAACCAGCUUUAAAGUGUCUUGUCAAUGGCAAGAAGAUCAUUGUAGCACCUGGACUCUUUAUGUUGAAAUGCAAUUCACAAUUCAGUUUGUCACAUACAGAAUCAGAGUACGACAAGCUUUAAAAUGCUUAGUGCGGUGCUGCGUCAUAACAAAAGAUUGGAAAUAAAAAGAGAAGAAGAGUUCAAUGUGCAACAUCCAAUUUCCGUACCUGUGUUUACAUCAUUGUUUAGAUAACAUUCUUUUGUUCAGUCCAGUAUCAAUGAUUUCUAGAAAAAUACAUUUUGACAUGAGUUUCUUCAUGGUCGAAUUCACACGGCCUUUAGCACAGAUAAGUCUUCUCAAUAAAAUUCUUCUAAGCCCAGUAUACAGUACCUCUAACCUGCAUCUGUGAUUGGUAUUUCUUGCUGUAUUGAUAGAUAUUUGUUGCCAUUGGUCCAGGAGCUGUAUAACCACAUCAUCGAGGUUGGAGGUCUCAUAAACCCAGCAUUUAAAGAGGAUGUGUGUCGCGCAGAAAAAACUAAUGACAAUUCUGCUAUAGCUUGGACUGAAGGUUCCAUAACCAAUCUGAAAGCUGUGCUAAAUUGAACAUUUACCCUUAUUGUUAUAACCAUCAAUUCAAUGAUAAAAUGAUUUAGUUUUUAUACUUGACUUAUUUUUCUUAUUUUCUGUCACAGAUUGUCCUUAUUUGUGUUAAUUGUAAUCUGUUU